CACAAUAAACAAACAAUAGAACAAUGCAUUCUGAGAAAGCAAACGGUGGAACCGGGAAUGCUGCUUUGAAGAAUGCACUUUUAUACAUGAUCAUCAAGGAUGAGAUGCCACUGUACAGUACGGAGAAAGAAGGAAUGAAAAAAUUCUUGAACCUCGUUGCUCCUCAUUACAAUGCACCAGGGAAGAACGCCAUCACUCAUUUCAUGGAGAUAAAAUACUCAGCUUUGAGAGAAAUUAUCAAGAACAAAUUGAAAAAAGCUGUCAGUUUGACAAUUACCACCGAUAUUUGGACAGAAACAAAGACGAACCGAGGAUUUCUCGGAUUUACGGUACACUAUUGGAAUGGGGAGAAGUCUGUAACCUAUAAUAUUGACACAAUGCUGUUGACGAAGAGGAGAACCGCCGAUUAUAUCUCGGAGAAAUUCGAUUCAUUCCUGAGGACCUGGGGGAUUGAGAAAGAGAGAGUCACGGCAGUCGUCACUGAUGGCGGGGCGAACAUGAAAAAGGCAGUGAAGGAGACUUUUGGAGCAGGUAAGCACAUGGAGUGCUUCCCUCACAAACUCAAUUUAUGCAUCAAUAAUGUGAUACACAAGAAAGAGAAAGACAGUAAUCUUGAGGGAGAAGAGGCGAUUGAGGGAGAAGACAAUUUUGCUGGAGACAUCAUUGAGGACCCCAACGUGACAGAAGUGAAGAAUAACAUAAAAAAAUUGAUUGACAAAGUCAAGACCAUUGUCACGUUUUUCAAACAAUCAACUUCUGCAAGCGAUGCCUUACAUGAAGCACAGUUUGACGAAAACUUCGAUUAUCGACUUAUCCAGGAAGUUUGUACACGUUGGAAUUCAACGUAUGCAAUGUUGAAUCGUUUCGUCAUGUUAGUCGAUAAGAUCAGUUCUGUGCUACUGAGGAUUCGUAAGGCACCAGAGAUGUUAACUCGCGGAGAACUUGCACAAGUACAAGAUUUGAUAGGAAUACUACGACCUGCUUCUGUUCUCACUACAGAUUUUAGUGCUGCAAAGUAUGUUACGAGCAGUAGGGUUAUACCAGCAAUCGUUGAUCUCCGCGAAGAUAUUGGGGGGUACGAAUGCCACACAGAGCUUGGCAAGAAGAUGAAACGAUUUUUGAUCCAAGAACUGGACAAACAAUUUGCUCAUUGUGACGAUAAACCAUUGUUAUCGAUUCCUACCCUACUUGAUCCACGGUUCAAACGUGUUUACUUUUCUCCACUCUCAUGCUCUCGCACCUUGCGAUUGAUAAACACACACAUGUUUGACCGCCAUGACGAGCAAAGGCUCCAGUAGCCUGACCCUGAAGUCAUAUGUCAAGCUGACACCAAUGAGUUCUGGAGACGUCAUCGUGAUCGAGUUGAAAGGCAUAUCCAGUUCUUACCUGAGGAACCGAGCCUGGGAAAACUGCAUGGUGACCUACAAUAGUACAUUCAUAAGAAACCUGAAGUAAAUUGUGACCCAAUGGCCUAUUGGGUUGGUCAGAAGGGAAAUGCUCCACGUCUGGCAGAAAUCGCAAUUAAAUAUCUCUCGACU